UCCCCUCUCCUGACGCCUCCGACUCCCGGUCUCCAAAGCCAGAAGAGGAGAUUUUGAUUCAGCAACUGUUUCCUCUUUCCCGGGUCGCUCUGACCCUCUCUGGAUACUGGGUUGAUCCACGGAAAAACCCGAAGACGUUUGGGAUUUAAUUUUUCCUCUCAGUUUUGGGAGUCUUUUACUUCUCACUUGGUCAAGAACUCAGGAGCAAAAUCCCCGUGUUGCAAUCAGUCUGGUUCCUAAGGAAGAAGAAAGCAGCCCUGGAGUGGUUUCUUGACAGUAAUUUCAACAGAAGAGUGAGAGAUGGAACCCGAAGAAGAAAGGAUUCGUUACAGUCAGAGAUUGCGUGGUACCAUGCGACGACGCUAUGAAGAUGAUGGCAUUUCAGAUGAUGAAAUUGAAGGGAAAAGAACUUUUGACUUGGAAGAGAAACUUCACACCAACAAAUAUAAUGCAAAUUUUGUUACUUUUAUGGAGGGAAAAGAUUUUAACGUAGAAUAUAUCCAGCGGGGCGGCUUAAGAGACCCUCUUAUUUUCAAGAAUUCUGAUGGACUUGGAAUAAAGAUGCCAGAUCCAGACUUCACUGUGAAUGAUGUCAAAAUGUGUGUGGGGAGUCGUCGCAUGGUGGACGUCAUGGAUGUGAACACGCAGAAAGGCAUUGAAAUGACAAUGGCUCAGUGGACACGCUACUAUGAGACCCCAGAGGAGGAGCGAGAGAAACUCUAUAAUGUCAUCAGCCUAGAGUUUAGCCACACCAGGCUGGAGAACAUGGUGCAGAGGCCCUCCACGGUGGAUUUCAUUGACUGGGUAGACAACAUGUGGCCAAGGCAUUUGAAGGAAAGUCAGACUGAAUCAACUAAUGCCAUCUUGGAAAUGCAGUACCCUAAAGUGCAGAAGUACUGUCUGAUGAGUGUUCGAGGCUGCUAUACGGACUUCCAUGUCGACUUUGGUGGUACCUCUGUCUGGUAUCACAUCCAUCAAGGGGGAAAGGUCUUCUGGCUCAUCCCCCCUACAGCCCACAACCUGGAGCUGUACGAGAAUUGGCUGCUGUCAGGGAAACAGGGAGACAUCUUUCUGGGUGACCGGGUGUCAGAUUGCCAGCGCAUUGAGCUCAAGCAGGGCUAUACCUUCGUCAUUCCCUCAGGCUGGAUUCAUGCUGUGUAUACUCCUACAGACACGUUAGUGUUUGGAGGCAAUUUUUUGCAUAGCUUCAAUAUCCCUAUGCAGUUAAAAAUAUACAACAUUGAAGAUCGGACACGGGUUCCAAAUAAGUUUCGCUAUCCAUUCUACUAUGAGAUGUGUUGGUACGUGUUGGAGCGCUAUGUGUACUGCAUAACCAACCGCUCCCACCUAACUAAGGAAUUUCAGAAAGAGUCCCUCAGCAUGGAUUUGGAGUUAAAUGGGUUGGAAUCCGGAAAUGGGGAUGAGGAAGCAGGGGAUCGAGAACCCCGGCGCUUGAGCAGUAGGCGUUCUGUCCUCACUAGCCCUGUGGCCAAUGGGGUCAACUUGGAUUAUGAUGGACUGGGCAAAACCUGCCGAAGUCUUCCAAGUCUGAAGAAAAGCUUGUCUGGAGACUCAUCAUCUGACUCUAGCCGGGGCUCCCACAAUGGCCAAGUGUGGGAUCCCCAGUGUAGUCCCCGAAAGGACAGGCAGGUGCAUCUGACCCAUUUUGAGCUCGAAGGCCUUCGCUGCCUUGUAGAUAAGUUGGAGUCUCUGCCACUGCACAAGAAAUGUGUCCCUACAGGGAUAGAAGACGAAGAUGCUCUCAUUGCUGACGUAAAGGUUCUGCUGGAGGAGCUUGCCAACAGCGAUCCUAAGUUAGCCCUCACUGGAGUCCCUAUAGUUCAGUGGCCAAAAAGGGAUAAGCUUAAAUUCCCUACCCGGCCAAAGGUGCGGGUUCCUACUAUCCCCAUCACAAAGCCUCACACUAUGAAACCAGCUCCACGGUUAACACCUGUGAGGCCAGCUGCUGCAUCCCCCAUAGUGUCUGGAGCCAGGCGGAGACGAGUACGAUGUCGAAAGUGCAAAGCCUGUGUGCAAGGAGAGUGUGGUGUUUGCCACUAUUGCAGGGACAUGAAGAAGUUUGGAGGGCCUGGUCGCAUGAAGCAGUCCUGUGUCCUCCGGCAGUGCUUGGCACCCAGACUGCCUCACUCAGUCACGUGCUCCCUCUGUGGAGAAGUGGAUCAAAAUGAGGAGACACAGGACUUUGAGAAGAAACUCAUGGAAUGUUGUAUCUGCAAUGAGAUUGUACAUCCUGGCUGCCUCCAGAUGGAUGGAGAGGGGUUGCUUAAUGAGGAAUUGCCAAAUUGCUGGGAGUGUCCAAAGUGCUACCAGGAGGACAGCUCAGAGAAAGCCCAGAAGCGGAAGAUGGAAGAGAGUGAUGAAGAAGCCGUGCAAGCCAAAGUCCUGCGGCCCCUGCGGAGCUGCGACGAGCCCCUCACGCCCCCGCCUCACUCACCCACCUCCAUGCUUCAGCUCAUUCAUGACCCGGUUUCCCCCCGGGGUAUGGUGACUCGGUCAUCCCCUGGGGCUGGCCCCAGCGACCACCACAGUGCCAGCCGCGAUGAGCGCUUCAAACGGCGGCAGUUGCUGCGGCUGCAGGCCACAGAGCGCACCAUGGUACGGGAAAAGGAGAACAACCCCAGCGGCAAAAAGGAGCUGUCUGAAGUUGAGAAAGCCAAGAUCCGGGGAUCGUACCUCACUGUCACGCUGCAGAGGCCCACCAAAGAGCUCCACGGGACAUCCAUUGUGCCCAAGCUGCAGGCCAUCACGGCCUCCUCUGCCAACCUUCGCCAUUCCCCCCGUGUGCUAGUGCAGCACUGCCCAGCCCGAACCCCCCAGCGUGGGGAUGAGGAGGGGCUGGGGGGAGAGGAGGAGGACGAGGAGGAGGAGGAGGAGGAAGAUGACAGUGCAGAGGAGGGGGGUGCGGCCAGGCUGAAUGGCCGGGGCAGUUGGGCUCAGGAUGGAGACGAAAGCUGGAUGCAGCGGGAGGUCUGGAUGUCUGUCUUCCGCUACCUCAGCCGCAGAGAACUUUGUGAAUGUAUGCGAGUGUGCAAGACGUGGUAUAAAUGGUGCUGCGACAAGAGACUUUGGACAAAAAUUGACUUGAGUAGGUGUAAGGCUAUUGUACCCCAGGCUCUCAGUGGCAUCAUCAAGAGGCAGCCAGUUAGCCUCGACCUCAGUUGGACCAACAUCUCUAAAAAACAACUAACAUGGCUCGUCAAUAGGCUGCCAGGACUAAAAGACCUCCUCCUAGCCGGCUGUUCCUGGUCUGCAGUCUCUGCCCUCAGCACCUCCAGCUGCCCCCUUCUCAGGACCCUUGAUCUUCGGUGGGCAGUAGGAAUCAAGGACCCUCAAAUUCGGGACUUGCUGACUCCACCGGCUGAUAAACCAGGUCAGGACAAUCGCAGCAAGCUCCGGAACAUGACUGACUUCCGGCUCGCAGGCCUUGACAUCACUGAUGCCACGCUUCGCCUCAUCAUUCGCCACAUGCCCCUCCUGUCUCGGCUCGACCUCAGUCACUGCAGCCACCUGACAGAUCAGUCCUCCAAUCUACUCACUGCUGUCGGGUCUUCCACUCGUUACUCCCUCACAGAGCUCAAUAUGGCAGGUUGCAAUAAGUUGACAGACCAGACCCUGAUCUACCUACGGCGCAUCGCCAAUGUCACCUUGAUCGACCUUCGAGGAUGCAAGCAGAUCACUCGAAAAGCCUGCGAGCACUUCAUCUCAGACUUGUCCAUCAACAGUCUCUACUGCCUGUCUGACGAGAAGCUGAUACAGAAGAUCAGCUAAGACACACCUGGCCCAGACUGAACAGGAAACCGAUCUUCCCCUGACUCCCCAGCCAGGAGAGCUUCUCUCCCCGACCCUGCACAGGCUCUGAAGCCAACGUCACACUCCCUCUCU